AUGUUAUUGACGCUACUUGAUGAUACGUAUGAUGCUUAUGGCACGAUCAAGGAACUCGAGCCAUUUACAGAUGCUCUAAUAAGGUGGAAUUUUUGCGGUAUUGAAGAGCUCCCGGACAACAUGAGGUACCUUCACAGCGUUGUGUUGGAAUUUUUCGACAAACUCGAGGAGGAGAUGGAGAAGGAAGGAAAGUCAGGAUGCGCCAUUUUCGCCAAAAAAGGGAUAAUGGUAUCAGCUAAAUCCUAUCUUCAAGAGGCAAAGUGGUUGAACGAAGACUGUGUGGCUACAUUUGAGGAGUACAAAGAGAAUGGAGUAUAUUCAGCGAGUUAUUUAGUUAUGUUAACAGUUACUUUUCUAGGAAUGGUGGAUGAAGGCACACUUGAUGUGUUUAAAUGGUUAAGUACUUUCCCACCAUUGCUGGCGACUUCUGCCUUAAUAGGCCGACUCUGUGGUGACAUUGCGAGUUGCGAGUUUGAGCACAAAAGGAAGCAUGUAGGGACAUCCAUUGAUUGGUAUAUGAAGGAAUAUGGUGUUUCAUGGGAGAAAGCCGAAGAAGAGAUCAAAAUCAUGGCACUGGAUGCAUGGAAAACUCUUAAUCAAGAACUGAUGAAGAGACCUCACCCUUUUCCUUUCCCUAUUGUCAUGCGAUUCCUGAAUUUCUCGAGGGUCAUCGAGGUUUUCUACAAAGACGCUGACAUUUUCACAGAACCUAAGUUGAUGAAACAUCAUGUGGUUUCUUUGUUCCUCCACAACAUACCCAUUUGA